AUGGCCACCAUGUUAUACAAAAAGUUCCUGAAAAAGUACUCGAGUCAACAGACAUCUCCGAGUCAGACACCCUCUUGCAUUCACCAAAGAGACAUAAGCAACGCUUCUGAUAUCCCUCUCGUGGAACCCCAUACGAGACGCGAGAAGGAUAUCCCCCGAACCAUCGAUAAAAGUUUUGUUUCCGAUGGAGACGAUGCUUGUGAGGUUUGCCGAUAUCAGAAGCAGGCAUUGAGAAAGUAUCGCUGGAAAGUCAUCGUUGGUUUAUCUUGCCCAUUCUUGGUGCAAGCACUAGACUCAACCAUAAUCGCAGGUGCUUUGCCUUAUAUUGCGUCUGAUUUCCACCAGCUUUCGCAACUAAACUGGAUCAUCUCAGCGUUUAAACUUACUUCGGCCACUUUUAUUCCCCUCUGGGCCCAAUAUGCCGAUGUCUUUGGUCGCUAUACUGCGAUUCAGACAGCCCUUCUUGUCAUGUUACUUGGGAGUAUCCUCUGUUCGGCAGCUCCGGUCACUUCAUUCGCGAUGCUUCUCGUGGGUAGAGCAUUUCAAGGACUCGGUUGUUCUGGCCUGCUGAUUAUUACGAAAAUCGUCCUCGCCGACAAAGUUUCUCUGAAGGAAAAUGCGAGGAAUAACACAACGUUCACCAUCGUUGCAGGUAUUGGCUACGGUGUGGGUCCUGUCAUUGGUGGGUACUUGACCCAGGCUAGCUGGAGAUGGUGCUUCAUCAUCAACGUUCCCCUAGGUAUUCUCGGUCUCGCUCUCGCGCAUUUCGUUCUGCGACCAGAGCUGCUAGGACCACAGAAGGUCACAAGAACAAACAGUCCCACGGAUGUCGAAGUCUCUCAGACCUUCAGGGCAAAAGUGGCCACCAUCGACUUCGUUGGGCAAUUCCUUUUCCUCUUUGGAAUCGGUCUUUUAGUGCUCGGCUUGACCUGGGCAGGAUCUUACUAUCCUUGGUCAGACGUCAAGGUCCUCACUCCUCUUAUUGUUGGAUGUAUCCUGACAGUUGCUUUCAUCGCAUGGGAAUAUCUAAUGCUUCCUGGCAGUACACUUUCUCUAAGUUUUCCAACUCAAAAAGCCAUGAUUCCGUUCAACCUCGUUUGUUCACGGAAUGCGGGAGUGUUAAUGUACAUCAAUUUUGUCACUGGCAUGGCUAUGUACGCCGUAUUUUAUUUCGUCGGCUUGUACUUCGCGCUGGUCAAGCAAUUCGCAUCUGGAAAGUCAGGUUUGAACUUGAUCUACUACAUGCCCGGUGGCGCCUACAUCGCAAUGUUCGCGUGCAACAAAUUUCCCCUCCAAACAUUCUUCCCCCUCAUUCUUGGCACAUUCAUCGAACCCCUUGGCAUCACCCUCCUAGCCUUAGCCCUCAACAGUAACAACCAAAGCACCAUCUACGGUAUGCUCGCCCUGACCGGCAUUGGCACCGGCCUACGGUUCAUGCCCGGAACCCUCCACAGUAUCGCCUACUUUCCAGCACAAAUCGCAAGCAUCAUCUCCAUGACAUGCCUCUCAACCAGCCUAGGCGGCAUCAUCGCUACUACGCUCAUGCUCAACAUUUUCAACAAUACGCUCCGGGCUUCCGGAAUCUCGUUCAGCGGUAGUGCAGACUCGGCCUCGAGUUUCGACGCCAUUGCGGGCAUGAAUCCGCAGCAGCAGGCUUUCUUGAGGGAGAAGGCUAAGAGGGGAAUCGUGCUUGCUUUUUACGCGCUGAGCGCUUUUUGCUGGCUGGGUGUGCUGGCUUGUUUGGCGCUUGGGAAUGUGCAGAUUGGGAAGAGUGGAAAGGAAGAUAAAGUUUGUAAGGGGAGUUAUAUUGGGAGUGUGUUGUGGAGGCGUGAUGUGGCCCUGGAGACUAUUGAAGAGGGUCAGAGCGAAAGCGUAGAGCAUGGAACACGGAGUCUUGAGAUGUAG